UUAAGACAACAGAAAAAAACGUCAACCACCAAGACAACUGGAAAACCAACAUCUGCAAAACCCACAACUGUACAGCCCACAACCUUGAAGACAACUGAAAAACCAACAACUGUAAAACCCUCAACCAUUAAGACAACAGAAAAAACGUCAACCACCAAGACAACUGGAAAACCAACAUCUGCAAAACCCACAACUGUACAGCCCACAACCUUGAAGACAACUGAAAAACCAGCAACUGUACUACCCUCAACCACUAAGACAACAAAAAAAAUGUCAACCACCAAGACAACUGAAAAACCAACAACAAAAUCCACUACUAUAUGUUCUUGCAAAUAUCAAAACAAAUCUUUCCUCCCUGGUUCCUUAGUAUAUAAUGAGACUGAUUAUGAAGGCUGGUGUUUUACUGCUUACUGUACCUCAACAUGUAUCCUUAAUAAGAUACUUAGUCCAUGCCCUUCAACCCAACCACCUCCAAGGCACAAUGACUGCAACAAUGUUGAACCACCAAGAAAGGAUGGUGAGUCUUGGAAGUCAUGCAACUGUACAACUAAUUUGUGCCUCAAUGGUACAGUUAGAACAACAUUUGUAACCUGUAAGCAUGUGAAAAUGCCUGUGUGUGAAAAUGGAUACAAACCAGCGAAGGUUUACGACCAAAAUGGCUGCUGCUAUCACUAUGAAUGUGAAUGUAUUUGCUCUGGAUGGGGACAUCCUCAUUUUGUCACAUUUGAUGGGGAAUAUUACAGUUUCCAAAGAAAUUGCACCUAUGUUUUGGUUAAAGAAGUAGUUCCUCGAUAUAACUUCAGGGUUGUAAUUGACAACUACAACUGCGACCCAUCUAGACAUGUGACCUGCCGUCGGUCUCUGUUUGUCUACUAUAAAUCCUAUAAAAUCAUUCUUACGCCUAUCAAUGCAGAAACAAAACAUUUGGUCACCAUCAAUGGUAAGCAGAUCUUCCCCACUUAUUCUAAUGAAGACCUCAUGAUCACCAGCACUGGUGUCCAGUUACUGUUGAAGAUCCCAGCCAUUCAAGCAAAAGUGAUGUUCAGGAGUAUUCAGUUCAGCGUUUCCCUGCCUUACUCCCUUUUCCAAAACAACACAGAGGGACAGUGUGGUACCUGUGACAGUAAUAGGAAAAAUGAUUGCAGAUCACCGAAUGGUCAGAUCAAGCCAUGUCCGGAAAUGGCUCAUGAGUGGCAAAUCACUGAUGAGAAAAAACCUUAUUGUAAAGCUCUUCCCCCCAAACCCACACCUCAACCUACACCACAGUCUACACCUCAACCUACACCAGUCUGCCUGCCUGGAAAAAAAGCACUGUGUCACAUCAUACUUAGCUCGGUCUUCAAAAAAUGCCAUAAAGUGAUCCCACCAGAACCUUUCUUCAAGGCCUGUGCAUACGAUUCCUGCCACAUGACAAAUAAGUUGAUUGGCUGCUCCAGCCUGGAGGCCUACGCCCAGAAAUGUGCAACUCAUCAAAUCUGUAUCGACUGGAGGGACUCAACCAAAGGAAAAUGUGAAAUUAAAUGUCCUGCGACAAAAGUGUAUAAGGCAUGUGGCCCGACUAUCCAGAAAACAUGCAAUUCGAGAUACAAUGAAAAGUACGUACGACCUUGCGAGGAAUUGAGAAAAAGCCAUAACUUUGUGUGUGAUGAAGUCAGGGAGGGCUGUUUCUGCCCUAAGGGAACCAUCUUGUUCAACACAUACUCUGACACCUGUGUUUCAACCUGUGGAUGCACAGGCCCUAACGGCAAACCCAAACAGCCUGGCGAUUCUUGGUGGAGUGACUGCCAGCACUGUGAAUGUAGCGCUGACACAAUGAGUGUCCAUUGUAGGCCAGUGGUAUGUCCAAAACAACAAGUUGUUACUUGUAAGGAGGUCGGUGAGGUGCUGGUCAAGGAAACAGUGGACUGCUGUCAGAAAAACAAAUGUGUAUGUGAUGUGAGUCGCUGCCCAGGACCACCCCUCUGCCCACUAGGAACUGAGUUAAAAACUUCAAAGGGAAGGUGCUGCCUGACUUACACAUGCGGUCCCAAAGAUGUGUGUGUCUACAAUAAUACGGAAUAUAAGCCUGGGCAAGUUUGGUCACACCCUGUUGAUCAUUGUGUGAAGUAUCAAUGUACAAAUAAAAACAAUCGGUUCAUCCCGGUGGAUUACAAAAUACGAUGCCCAGAUUUCCGACCCGAGGACUGCAUCCCUGGAACUCAGAUGACUAGCGCAAAUGGCUGUUGCAUAACCUGCAUUACAAGCAACUGUGCAGUGAAGAAGAGCACCACCUACCUCCAGGUUCAUGACUGCAGGUCUGUUGUACCAGUGGAGCUGGCAGCCUGUGGGGGAGCCUGUGGAACAUCUUCUAUGUACUCUGCAGUGAAAAUGGGCUUGAUGCACUCCUGCUCCUGCUGUCAGGAGUUGUCGACCAGUGUGAGGCAGGUGGAUAUGGUCUGCUCUAAGGGAAGAAAGACCACUAAGUCCUAUAUUUACAUUAAUAAGUGUGGCUGCAAUGUCACCAAGUGUGACGACAAGCACUAAUGUAUUCUGUUCAAUUUACAGUCUUUUAAAAUGAAUGUAAAAAAAACUUUUUAUGUAAAGGGACAGUCUGUGAUUCAAACACAACAGGGAUAUUCAAUUUGAAUAAAUUGUGAUACCAGUCACAGAUCCUUUUAACUGUUGGACAUAUUAAACACUUUCAUCUAAAGGAUUUGUCUAAACAUAUUAAACUACUUUAACUUCCAUCUCUACAUUAUUAUAAAAUGAAAAAAUCUGUAUUUCUAUGCAAACUUAUUAAACCUAUUCAA